GUCCUCCUCCCUCUUCUCCUCCUCUUUGGUGCCUUCAGCCAGGAGGCGGGAGUGACCCGCGGCAGCUGACCCAGCACCGGCACUGCCUGUCCCACAGCCCUCAGAACACACCAUGGGCCCAGAGGCAGGUUUGCAGCACAGCAGCGACGACGCCAGCGGCAGCCCGGGCGACUCUCAACUGCCUCCCUGACCGCCGACACCACCGCCCACUACCCCGAAAAGCCAUCGCCCGCAAAGGGAGAAGAAUCUACAGGCUCCCCCGAAAUCAUCUUAGCGAUCGACUCAAGCUACGUCAACAACUAUGGCGAGCGAGGAGCGGCGGGCGGAGCCGGUGAGGGAAGGAUGGGGGAUGUACGUCACGCCCAGGGCUCCGCUGCGGGAAGGAAGGUCCCGGCUCGCCCCUCAAAAUGGCGGCGGCAGUGAUGCGCCUGCGUACGGAACUCCUACGCCGCCGCGCCACAGCCGGCGGGAAGUGAGGUUCUCAGAAGAGCCGCCCGAAGUGUACGGCGACUUCGAGCCCCGGGCGGCCAAAGAAAAGGUCCCGGUGGGAAGGCAGAUUCCGCUAGAAGAGUUCCGGCCCGAUUCAGCGAAAGAGGAAGUGAGAGAAAGCGCUUAUUACCUUCGGUCUCGGCGGCAGAGGCAGCCGCGGCCCCCGGAAUCCGAGGAGAUGAAAACGCGAAGGGGUACCCGCCUCCAGCAGCAGCAGCAGCAGCCUCACUCACAGCCACCUCCGCUCCAGUCGUCUCCGGUCACGACCAGGAGAGGAUUACGGGACUCCCAUUCAUCUGAAGAGGAUGAACCACCUUCACAAACUGUUUUAAGCCAAACGGUCUCAAAGAAAACUAUCAUGAGAACCCAAGAGACUCCAGUGGUCAGUGAAGAUCCUGUAAUCAGCCUGCGUAGACCCCCUCUAAGAAGCUCAAGAUCUGAAGCCACCAGUGUCCAACAGAAGGUCAAUUUCUCUGAAGAAGGGGAAACUGAAGAAAAUGAUCAAGACAGCUCUGACAGUGAUGUUACUACUGUUAAGUUCAGAUCCAGAGAUUCUGUUGCAUCUGGAGACCAAACCACCAGAUCAUCAAGUCAAUACCCAGAAUCACUUUGGCAGUCAUCGCAAAGUGGAGACUUUACAACUCUUGAUAAGCAGCCAUUAGUGCUAAGCUCAGGAUAUCAAAAAAAUCCGCAGCAGUGGGUUGAACAAACAACAAGAAUAAGGACUAGGAUGCAGACAUCAUCACCAGGCAAGCGUUCAAUAUAUGGCAGUUUUUCAGAUGAUGACAGUGUUCAGAAAUCAGAGUUUGGAAACCAGUCGCCGUCAACCUCCAGCCAACAAGUGACUGGACAAGCCAAAACUACAUCUUUUUUCAAGAUAAAGUGGUGGUGGCUCCCUGUUGUGAUAGUUGCUCUUGCCAUUGGGAAUUUUUGGUUCAGUCGUACUUCUGAGGCAGAAACCACUGCUGUUCAAGAGUUCCAGAACCAGAUGAAACAACUGAUGAAUAAGUACCAAGGUCAAGAUGAGAAGCUGUGGAGAAGGAGCCAAACAUUCCUGGAAAAACAUCUUAAUAGCUCUCAACCUCGGCCUCAGCCUGCUAUCUUGCUGCUCACUGCUGCCCGAGAUGCUGAAGAAGCACUGAAGUGUUUGAGUGAACAAAUUGCUGAUGCCUAUUCUUCUUUCCGCAGUGUCCCUGCCAUCCGGAUCGAUGGGGCGGGCAAAGCUACUCAAGACAGUGAUAUUGUCAAACAAGAGGUGGAUGAGGAAUUGAGCAAUGGAUUCACAAAUGGCCAGAAUGCAGCUGUGGUACACCGCUUUGAGUCACUGCCUGCGGGCUCGACUUUGAUCUUCUAUAAGUAUUGUGACCAUGAAAAUGCAGCCUUCAAAGAUGUAGCCUUAGUCCUGACUGUCUUGUUGGAGGAAGAGACACUCGGAACCAGUCUAGGCCUCAAGGAAAUUGAAGAAAAAGUGAGGGAUUUCCUCCAAGUUAAGUUCACCAACUCAGACACACCUGACUCCUACAAACAUAUGGACCCAGACAAAUUGAAUGGACUCUGGAGCCGUAUUUCUCACUUGGUCCUGCCUGUCCAACCUGAAAAUGACCUGAAAAGGGGCAUCUGCUUAUGAGGGGUGACAGAAGAGAAAAUCAUGUCUCAAGUCUUCCGAAUCUUUCAGACUUUCUAACCAGAGACAGGAUUCGGAGCUCUUUAUGGAAGAACUACUUUGUUUUGUUUUUUUUAAAGGAGUUUAAGUUCUUAUGUAAACGUGGAACUUCUAAAUCAUUUAUUCAGCCUAAUUAUCUGUCACUUGAGAAUAGUUUCCCUGUUUCCACUAAGAUCUGUGUUAAUGAUAUCUGAGGACUAUAAAUUAUAUGCAGUCCCAUAGAGGAUCUACUUAGAUUCUGGAUGGAACCCUUUUUGUGGUGGUAUGACCAGUGCGGGGGUUGGGGGGGGAUUAGGUGCCUUCCUAUGAAUCCUCCUGAUUUUUUAACUUAGAUGUUUUUCAGAGCUGAUUGAGUUUUUAGUAAGACAGCUCCCUAAACACAACUGUGGGUUUUUCCAUUUUGUUCUCUUUUACAUCUUUCAGAUUUGAAUUCCUUAGUCAGCUUCUGCUUAUAGGAACAAAAGAAGUGAAAGGUCAUCUGUGUGUGUUUGGAGUUUUUGUUUUGUUUUUUUUCUUUAUUUUGGGACGGCAGGGAGAGGCGAUAAGGGAAAAGGAAGAAGUUGUGGAAUGGGGAAGGGAAGAGGGGAAAAGUCUUCAAGAUGAAAUGUUAAAAUAAGCCACUGAGACUCAGGAUUGGCCAAACAUACAUAUGUGAAAUCCAUUCUCAGUGAAUUCUAUUGGGAUUUGUUUUCCACAUUUUCUUUUUGUUCCCCUUUAAGAAAUUUUUAGUCCUCCCAAAGAUUUGAAGCAUGUAUGUGACAAGGUUUAGUGUAUUUGUUCACUCAGCUCUUAAAGAAUGGGUAAAUUCAGAGAAGCUUAUUUUGGUCAUAUCCUGAGAGUAUUUUUUAAGAAAUAUAAUUAUUGGUAAACCAUUUGUUACCUAGCUUUCCUGGGCUGUUGAAGGAUUUGAAUUUCUGUGUGUCUACUUGCUGCAGUCUAAGUCCUUUAGUGAUACUCUUAUAACAGAUAUAAAGAUUUACUAUGCAUGUGAUAAAUUCUAUUAAGAGUGCCUCAACCGGAAAAGGAAGUGGAGUUUACCUUAUGUGAAGAAUGUUAAAACGUACUACUGUUCAUUACUGUACUACUACAGUAUUUCGGUUUUAACUUUGCAUCUCUAACAUCUUUCUUAUUUGUCAACUGCUUUGAUUUUCUUAGAAUCCUAAAAUUCUGGAUCCGCCUUAUUUUUUUAUUGUCUACAAACCAUUAAAUGAAAAUACUGUUUUUAGAAUACAGCCUGUCGGUGGCUUCAUCAUUUACCGUUUGAGUAAAUGAGUGGUGGUACAGUAUGGUCUCAUUUCUUCCCUCCAGGACUGCCAGUAUCCAUAAAUUUAUACCCCUCACUGUAAUUUGUUCCUGACUAUCAGAAGUCAGAUGUUCUAAUUUAUAGAGGAUUCUAAAAUAAGAGUUUUUGAAAAGGCUUAUUUUAUACAUAUAUGUAUUAUAUGGAGAAACAGAUGUUUUUAUUAAAUGUCUCUUUGACCAAAAUAAUUUUAAAGUCACUAAUAUUACUUGUAUCAGGAAAAAAUAAUUGUAGCAGCUGAUCUGUAAAUGACUUUGAAAGCUAUUUUAGUAAUUUAAAUAAAUUUACUUUAUUGGUUUGUAA